AUGCAUUUGAAAAAGUACGAGUGGGUGGGCUCGCCUGACAUCGGUGACUGUUCGUUAUGGGUCAGAUCAGCCACGUUAGAAUUCGAUGACGGACUUUGGCAAUGCCAAGUAACUGCCAGUGAUUUCACUACGCAGGACGCGUUAGCAUCCGAACCAGCGAGGCUGGUCGUCAGAGUCAGCCCUCAGCGACCGCAGAUAGAGUACGCCGACCGUCUAAUUCUCCCCGGCAGCAACGUGACAGCCCGAGCAGGUGAGAUCGCUACGCUCACUUGCAGAGCGCGGUAUGGGAAUCCUUCGCCUCUAAUUAAAUGGUACGUGGGCGAGACUGAGAUGAGGACGUUGCGGCCCCAGGUAAACUCAACCGAGAUAGAUAAUCCGCGCACUUGGGCAACCUACAGUGUUUGCGAGAUUCUGGCCGAGCGAUCACGUUACGGGCAGCCGAUCAGAUGCGUCGCUAUUCAUCCGGCGUAUGCCAAUCCCACCAUGUCGUCCAGCACCGAAGUGAGAUUCGACGUGCGCUACGCGCCGGAGACGAGAUUAGUCGGCGUCCCAACUGGCCAGCUCGAGGAGGGCCGCGAUCAGUUGGAAAUCCGAUGUCUCGCUGACGCUAAUCCGCCAGCUUCGAUCCUCUGGAGGAAAACCAAGAGUCCUGGGGUGACAGAAGUGGCUAGUAUCGGAGAAACCCUCAUGUUCUCCCCAAUUUACAGAAAUCACGCCGCCGUUUACCUCUGUGAGGCGUCAAACAUCGAAGGCGAGAGCAGUCCGGUCUCAGUACAGGUGUCCGUAAACUAUCCACCGACGAUCAGCGCAGUCGGACCGGAUCGAUUAACAACUGCGUUGUUAUAUUCUGGUGCAUCCUUCGAAUGUCAUGCUGACGCGAUGCCGCCAGCCGAGUACAGAUGGGCACAGAUAUUCACGGACGGCCGCAUGCCGUUGGAAUGCGGAACGGGGCAGCGAUUGAUCCUGACGAACGUGACGUAUGAGCAACAGGGUCAAUACAUAUGUCUCGCCUCCAACAAGAUCAAUGGCAACGUCAGGGAAGUUAAAAGCGACCCUGUGUCCCUGCAAGUGGUCGGCGCUCCACGGGUGGUGAAGCCGACCAUCACAGAGAAGUUUGUCGUCGUAACGACGGAGGGUAACCCAGCCAGAUUAGAGAUCAGACUGUGCUCCGACCCGAAGCCGCGGCUCGUAGCCUGGGAAUGGGGCAGCACCAGACUGCACGCCGGUGAGGUUCUGGAACCGCGCUAUCGCGCGCUUGAUCUGGAGCCGUUGGCUUCAGAAGAUUGUUAUAUAGCGAUCUUAGAGUUGACAAGUACAGUGAAAGAGGAUCAAAGGCUGUAUCAUGUUAUCGUGGAGAACGAUCGUGGCAGUGACAGACGAGCACUCAUGUUGAAAGUCGAUGAGCCCGGCCAGAUCCCGCUUGUUAUCGGCGCGGUGGCCGGAUUCACGGUGCUCUCGGUACUGAUAAUGGGAUUCGUUUGUUUCCUACGUUCGGAUAGAUGCUGCGUAGCCAGAAACACAGUACCGGCAUUGCAGCAAGUGCAUUGCACAAAGGCUUCCAACGCUAUGAUAGAGGAUCCACGCUUGGCAGUGGAUACGAUGGAUCGUACGAGUCAGCAAUUUGUCCCGGAGAAACGAGCCAAUCAUGUUCUGAAGCCCGUCCCGUCGCAGCAAUACCAGCAAGAGUGUUAUCAGCACGACCCGCAACACCAACAGCAACAUUAUCAGAGGCAUCAUCAUCAUGGGCAGCCUCACGGACAAUAUACGUUGCAGGGGGAGCAGCUGUUUCUCAAACCCGAUCGUUUAGCGACAUUGAAGCCCCAUUACAAGAGCGAGAAGCCACCGCAAUACACGACGUUCAAGCCGAACAACUGAAGAUUUUCCUAUGUUUAUUUUAUAUUGAUAUACACGAGAAAAAUAUAUGUACGAGGUAGAGAGUAAAAGCGGACUAAGGGAACGACGCAAAGUGGCACGAAAUCAAACGCAAAACUGUAGCUCUACUUCUAUCAGUCUCAUUUAUUACGAAUAUGAGAUAUAUUUAGGAGAACUGCGUAUACAUAUAUACAACAUGUAAUAAUUGCGAAUUUAUUCAAUGCGAAUCCGUCGUGGCGUUCAAUUGAAAAACGUAACGAGUCUCUCGCUAAAAUAUACUGCCGAUAAUUUUCGGAAAGAUGAUCUCCAGAACCAAUCAAAACGACAACACUAUGCAUAUUUAUAACGCUUACGAUAACAUUGUUAAUAAAACGAUAGUUUUCAUCAGCCACUAUUUUUAUUGACACCUUUAGAAUAAGUAAUACGAAUAGUAAGUUACGAAACGUUAAUACUCUUAUGA